UGUUAUUUGAAACCUUCCAUAAGAUUACAUUAUAUAAGAGGAUCUUAUGUUGCAUUAGGUUAUUAUACUAUCCUGAAUUUUUUUAUUUUACACUUUUUAAAAUUUUAUUUUAUUUUACAUUUUACACUUUGAAAAAGUACUUAGUAAAUGAUACUCCUGGAGAAUUAUACAAUUUGCUGCUGUUGGUGAGCAUUUCAAAACUUGUUUUUGCAUUACAGAAUUUGACAUAGAAAAGUCUUUGAGACCAAUGAACUUUCAAAGAAUGGUAUUUAAUAUUAAUAUUUCAAGAAUUCAGCUUUAUGAAUUUGCCUUAUGGGGGACACUUUAUGGCAAUUCAGUUAGAAAGGUAAAAUACAAUGGCCAUGUUUAUUUGGGGGCAUUCUUGCAGACAUGACUUUCUUAGCAUUGUUGGGAAAUACAGAAAGGAAAGUGUCUAAUGAGUCCAGAUUGUAUUUUCAGCUCCAAAAUAUUUGCUGACAUGGCACAAAUGUUUACAUGAAAAUGUAUUGUUCAUGGAGAAUUAAAUUAUUACAUUUGUAAUUCUUGGAGCAGAAUAAAAAUAGCCAGUUUGAUGAUCAAAACCUUGGGGCAAACUUGCUUCUCAGAAUGUGACUUGAGGGAAUGGAGUAGACAGGUGAUUAGAAACCUAGAGUUAUUGCUCUUUAAAAGAAUUUAAAUUCCUAAAUUAUGCCUUAUAUUUUCAUCCUUAGUUGAAACAAAGAAAAGAAUAAAAGAAAAUAUACUUGCCAUUUUACUCUGUUUAACCAGUAGUAGGAUUUUGUAAAAUGUAUGUUCCCAUCUACUAUUGUAGUUUAUUUAUUACAUGACCACGAUAUUUUAAAUCUUGAUCAUAAUCCCUUUUCAACUAUAUAAAAAUAUGUCUAAUGACAAAUAUUUUAGAAAGAUUUCCUGGAAAAAAAAACCCAGAUGUUUACCACCCUAUACAAAUAAAUGAGCUAUGACUUAUACUGAACUUUAAAUACUGUUUAUUUUGCCAGAGAAAGAAAACAUAUUUUAACAGUGUAAAGUUUAGGUCAUUCCCUUUGUCUUGGAAUUUUUUUUUUUUUUUUUUUUUGGUUUGAAGACAGAAUGCAAUCAUAGUUGGUAUGUAACAAAACUUUUAUGCAUAUCCUAGGUAGUGUCCUGUAUCUUUAUUAGGAACACUUUUUUUUUUUUUUUGGCAGCCUGAUUUGGAAGAAGUUUUAUUCAUCCUCACCAGUAAAUAAUGUGAGUGUGAGUGAAAUACACAACUUUGGUUUUUCAAAGUGGAAUACAACUAUGUACAACAUCUGAGAUCAGUGUUAUCAGUAGUGAUCCUGAAUCACCAGGCACCAUGAUGGCUUUGCUACCGUCAAUGUACUCUGUGUACAUUCCAUUCUUUUCUUCCUAACGUUCAGUACAAGGGUAGAUUAAGCACCGAGGAAAUGGCAUUGACUUUUUGACCACCAGGGAAAUGUUCCGUUCAGCGUGCUCCCCUAAAAAAAGCAGCUAGGCACUGGGAACAAACCUAACUGCAUUUUCUCAGUGGAAAGAAAGAAGGACAAAGGCCAGGCUAGCUCAUCCGAGAUUUGCUACUUUUGCUUUUUAAGGUCUUCUCUUUGUUCGCUUUUAAAAUGGGGGCAAAAGAAACCAAAAAACAAAAAACUUUUCGGUACUGGUGUGAGAAAUAUACAAAGGUCACUAAAAAAAGCAAGGAACAUAUUAGUAACAUUGUUGCGGUGAAUUUCACAUUUCCUUUUCUCCUAAAUAACACCCCCUUUCAGUCUUGACUUGGGCUGACGCUCCAGCUUUUCAGCCGGGUAGAAGUUCGGCCACAAGAUGGCACUGACCUGCAAACAAAGGAAAACAGUGGCUCUGACUUUCUAAAGCCCUGUGACAUUGUGUUGCUUUCCUGGGAGUCCAGGACUGUGGGGAUGAGUGCUUACUUUCCUUUGCACCGUGCGUCUGUGUUUAACAACGUGUGGAUAUGUUUAAUUUCUCUUCCUUCCAGAAUUCCUAGGCAACGCACCCCCGAAGUGUAUACCCAGGCUGAGGUGUUUGUGGGGGGAGCAGCAGGCGCUACUCGCGGGGCGCCGUCACGUGAUCCGGGGAUAAGGUGGAGUUCGGCUUUAAGGGGGCGUCUCUUCCUAUCUUCAUCAAUCUUUAGGAUUUGAGCAGGAGAAAUACCAGCGGAUCUUUUCUCCCGGCUCUAUCCCUUCCAUUACCAUUCUUCCCGCUUUAAUAAACGGGCGAAAACGACGAAUCCAACAGAGGGUAGUAACAGCACUAAGAACAGCAAGCAGUGAAAGACCAGCAUUCCAAUUGGAAAGGAUAAGGAAAUUUCCCUUUGGAAGGGGGCCAGUUUUCCAUCUGAUGAUAUUGUUCAGUUCAAGGGAAUGAAGAAUUCAGAAUAAUUUUCAUAAAUGGAUUGCAAUAUGAAGAAUAAGAAUAAGCUGAAUAUUUGAUCUGCUUUGAAGAAACAUAUUUGCCAUUUGUCUAGAAUAAUCUAUAACAACCAAACCAAUCAAAAUGAAUUCAACAUUAAUGUCCCAGGUUGAAAAUCAUUCAAUCCUAUGUAAUUUUUCAGAGAAUUCCCAGUUUUUGGCUUUUGAAAGUGAUGAUUGCCAUCUGCCCUUGGCCAUGAUAUUUACAUUAGCUCUUGCUUAUGGAGCUGUAAUAAUUCUUGGAGUCUCUGGAAACCUUGCGUUGAUCAUAAUCAUCUUGAAACAAAAGGAGAUGAGAAAUGUUACCAAUAUCCUGAUAGUGAACCUUUCCUUCUCAGACUUGCUUGUUGCCAUCAUGUGUCUCCCCUUCACAUUUGUCUACACAUUAAUGGACCACUGGGUUUUUGGUGAGGCAAUGUGCAAAUUGAAUCCUUUUGUGCAAUGUGUUUCAAUCACUGUGUCCAUUUUCUCUCUGGUUCUCAUCGCUGUGGAGCGACAUCAGCUGAUAAUCAACCCACGAGGGUGGAGACCAAAUAACAGACAUGCUUACGUAGGUAUUGCCGUCAUUUGGGUCCUUGCUGUGGUUUCUUCUCUACCUUUUCUCAUCUAUCAAGUACUGACCGAUGAACCGUUCCAGAACGUGACACUUGACGCGUUCAAGGACAAGUAUGUGUGCUUUGAUAAAUUUCCAUCGGACUCUCAUAGGUUGUCUUACACAACUCUCCUCUUGAUGCUGCAGUAUUUUGGCCCACUCUGUUUUAUAUUUAUUUGCUACUUCAAGAUAUAUAUACGCUUAAAAAGGAGAAACAAUAUGAUGGACAAGAUGAGAGACAAUAAGUACAGGUCCAGUGAAACCAAAAGAAUCAACAUCAUGCUGUUGUCCAUUGUGGUAGCAUUUGCCGUCUGCUGGCUGCCUCUUACCAUCUUUAACACUGUGUUUGAUUGGAAUCAUCAGAUCAUUGCUACGUGCAACCAUAAUCUACUAUUCUUGCUCUGCCAUCUCACAGCAAUGAUAUCCACUUGUGUCAACCCCAUAUUUUAUGGAUUUCUGAACAAAAAUUUCCAGAGAGACUUACAGUUCUUCUUUAACUUUUGUGAUUUCCGGUCUCGGGAUGAUGACUAUGAGACAAUAGCCAUGUCUACCAUGCACACAGAUGUUUCUAAGACUUCUUUGAAACAAGCAAGCCCAGUCGCAUUUAAGAAAAUCAACAAUGAUGAUAAUGAAAAAAUCUGAAACUGCUCUAGCAUAUUGCCCCAGAUGACACCUGUCUAAAAACAAGCACAACCCACAACAAUACUUUUAUUCCCCCAAGGAGUGAGGUUGUAAUCAUUUAAGAAAGACCAAGAUUUGUUUGUCUUGCUUUUUACCGCUUUAAUUGUAACUGUCAUAAUUAAAUUCGGACAAAAUGUAUGGACUUUGGAAUUUUCUGACAUUAGUUUGACCAGACAUCCUUGAAGUGCUUUUUGUAAAUGUAUGCAUAUAAUACAAAGACUUUUAUAUUUGACUUGUUGGAAUAAAAUUGCUUUAAAGGACUACUACUCACUGACUUUAGAAGCACGGUAUCUGAUACGCAUUAGAUUGGGCUAUCCCUAUUUGAUUAGGUUACACGGUCAAUAGAUUGGGCAAUCCUGAUGUAAUGAUAGACAUUUCAGUCUGUUACAGAGGUGACAGCAAAAGCAGCAUUCGAGAUGUGGAGCUGAGUCUCUGUCUUACAUACCUACAGUCUGAAGUCAUUGAAGAGUGAUUUGCAUUUUUUUAAAUUUAAGACAGGAUUUAAUUUGCUCCUGAUUUAUCACUUAAGAUAAAAAUGCAUAAAAAUACUUCUCAGCUGUGAAUAUCAUGGGGAAUUGGGCCACCCACAAGAAUUAAGUGGGAAAGCAGUUCUCUAACUUCAAAACUAUUUUGGUACCUGACAACCAAAGGGUUUCAGAGCAAUUAAUUUAACAAGCAAACUAGUAGUGCAGCAAAUAGUUGAAUUAUAUUCAUCUGAAUUGUUGGUCAAGAGGCUUUCCAUUCUUCACAAACUGUUCAGUGUUUGUCCAGUUUUCUAGCCUAAAUACAUAUGUGGCUUAAAGGUAUUUCCAGCUUUCGAUAUGUAAAAACACAAGAGUGUAUUUUCCAUACAUCAGUGCCUAUAUAGUAACUCAUUUUUAACUUUUUCAAUGUCCGUUUUUCAAAGGAGGACACCAAAGUGUAAUGUUAAAAGAAUGUUCACCCUGGCUGGCAGGGAUAAAUACCUGAAAACUGAGAACACUUCAUAUAGCCCAUUUUAACUUGUAUAAACUGUGUGCCUUGUGUAGUUUUGUAAAUAAUGUACUGUAUAGAGUACUAAGUGGUUGUGUUAUAUUAAUAUACUUAAUUUCAUGCAUCCUGUAUUCAUGAUUGAGCCUCAGAGUCAUUUGGAGAGAAGAUAUUUUAAAGAACAAGGUACAACUUCAGUGUAUUAUAAACAUAUUAAAUGUGUUUGAUUUUAGAAGGCAGACAUUGUCUUUAUUAAAAUUGUUUUUGCUUUUUU